CAGGAUUGUUGAUUAUUCCAGAUUUCGGGACUGUUGCGACAGGAUAUAUUCGGAGCAAAAUCGGUGGUAUCGAUUCUUUUCCGGCUUCUGCUACUUUUUUUGUCACAACCAGUGGGCUACUGCUUUGAAAUUUUGACACUUACAACAGCACUUUCUUUCAUUAAUAGCUGUUGGCGAGAAACAAGCUGCACCUCAUACAUUUGAUUCGGCUCUCACGUAUCGGCAUCUACAUUUGUGUGUUUGAAUAGUAUUUAUUUUCGCUAGCAUAUUAUUCUCUAUCAUGGCAGAGGCAGCACAAAGUUCCGACCUCCCACCGAAAAGCACAGUAAUCGAGUCGGUUUCUGUGAACGAAACUGUUGAUACGGCUUCUCCAGUCUCCAGCACGAAGACGAGUGGUCUUGAAACGAUGACGACUGCUCUAGCUUCUCUGACUUCGUCUUCUUCUACACCAUCAUCUUCAACGACCCCAGGCACAACUAAUACAACCCCAGCUGUAGUCACAUCUUUUCCUAGUGACUCCGCAACCCAUGUCUCUCCAACCUACAUCCUUAUUGACUUCCAGUCUAAUGAAGAGAACAACCCAAAUAAAGUUGACUUCAGUGGAGCAUCUUACAUAAUUGUCGAGACCCCCGAGUUCAACAUCGUACGGAGGAAAGACUUCAACUUCAAAACUUCAGAAAAUGAGCAAGUAGAUGGGGCUGAUGCUCAAGUCACUACAUUUCAAGACUUUAUUCAGGAUUUGAGCGACUCUAUUCACACUUGUUGUAUAGUCAAAGAGAAGCCAUUGACCUUUGUUUCUGUUCGGGGUUGGGACUUGAGGCUAAAGUUUAUCAAGCACGCAAAGGACGUGGGUGCUCAGUUGCCAAACUAUCUAGAGUAUCCGAGAUACUUCGAUUUGAAAAAAGAGUUCGUGAAGUAUCAAGAAUUAAAUCAGAUGGCUGAGUUUAAUUCAAUUGAAUAUUCUUCCUUGACUCUAAAUUCUAUCAAAGAGGUUUUAAAAAUUGACAGCGGUGCCGAAUUAAGCUCCAAUGUGGACUUGAUGCUUGAUGUAGUAAAAAAAAUAUUUGACACCAAUACGUCCCCUAACAUUUUCAAAAAGCCACACGAUAUGAACUUAGAUUUGAGCCACUUUUUCAUUGAAAAAUCAAGAAUUAUCUAUAUGACAAAUUUGCCAAGUGACACAACACAGUCCGAGAUGGAGUCCUGGUUCAGCCAAUUUAAUGGUCGUGCCAUAGCCUUCUGGAGUAUAAAAGGCCCUGCUCUUGUUAGCCAGGUGGCUCCUCAAGUAAAUGACUCCUCUAACUUGUCCUAUAAUAAUAGUUCAGUGUCAGAGCCCGUGAAAACAUGUUCUGGUUUUUCAAUCUUUGCCUCUCACGAAGAUGCAAUUGAAGCUUUAUCUAUGAAUGGUCAAUUUUUGAACGAUAGACUAAUUGAACUUCAACCUUCCUCUGUCCGUGUUUUAGAUAAAGCCCAGGAUAUUUUGUCUCCAUUUCCAUCGUCAAAAAAUAAACCUAGACCUGGCGAUUGGACGUGCCCUUCUUGUGGCUUCUCAAAUUUUCAAAGAAGAACAGCUUGUUUUAGAUGCUCUUUUCCUGCAGCAUCGGCAGCUGCAGUUCAGGAGUCGAUUUAUGCUAAUGGUCCUUCUUCGAAUGGUUCUUCUAUCAACGUGCAGAACAAGAGUUACAACAAUAUGAGCUCUAACAAUGGAAAUCAAAACAUGAAUGAUAAUGGAACAAACUCUAUGAAUUACAAUUCCAACAACAAUCAUUACAGCAAUUAUAAUGCUUACAAUAACAAUUCAAAUAGUUAUAACACCAAUAACAAAAAUGAUGGUAAUAGUAAUGGUUACAAUAUGACCAUGUCGUCUAGUAACAAUGGCAAUAGUAUAGGCAACAACAAUAGUAAUGGUAGUAGCAAUAGCGGUAACGGAAAUAGUAAUGGCAAUAACAGUAAUAGUGGUUAUAGUAGCCGACAAUGUUCCAAUGUUCCUUUCCGUGCAGGUGAUUGGAAAUGUCUUAACGAAACCUGUGCAUACCACAAUUUUGCCAAAAAUGUUUGCUGUCUCAAGUGUGGUGCUCCAAGAGUUCAAAGUGCUAUUAUAAACGGCCAUGCACAUAACCAGCAUCGUAAUAAUAGCGAUAAUAAUAGCAUGAAUGGUUCAGUGGCUAAUAGCGGCACUAACAAUAACAAUAAUCAUCAUCACAAUGGUAAUCAUAACCAUCAUCACAACAAUGGUAAGAAUGCACUCAAUCAUAAUAACCAGCAUAUUAUGAACUCGAACUACUCGUCGAGGUCUAACUCUUUGCCAAGCCACAUGAAUUCUCAGUUCAACCAGAACUUGAACUCGCAACAUUUCAACAGCAACCAAUACACGCAGAACCAAAAUCAAGGACAGCAACAAUCAAAUUACAACAAAUUCAAGUCGUCGACCUCUGAUGUUUAUAGUAUGGAGAUGGGUAAUCGUUCUAACCUCAUCAGUUCUGUCCCGGGAACUCCAACUAUUACUGGGACGCGUGGAAAUUCUGGAUAUACUUCAAAUAAUCCAUCAUCUUUGAACAUGGCAUCAAACCAGGUUUUAAAGGGGGACAACACUGCUUAUGAUUUGGCAAGCCGUAUUGGAGGUUUGAGCUUGAAUCAUACGGGAGCUAGUGGUAGUAGCAGUGUGAGCGCAACAAGUGGUAUCAACAGCAUGCUCAAUUUGAAUAUUCCAAACUUGAAUCUAGGCAAUAUGAAUAACAUGGGCAUGAACAGCUUAAGCAAUAAUAUGAAUGGUAUGAAUAACAUUCCUAUGAACAUGAACAUGAACAUGAAUAUGAAUAUGAACAAUCUGGGCAGCAUUGGUGGAAUGAAUAACCUUGGCAGUGUUGGCAACAUUAGUGGAAGUGGAUUAAAUGGGCUUAAUGGGUUGGAAGGACUAAAUGGACUAAAUGUAUUAAAUGGAUUGAAUAACCUAAAUGGAUUAAGUAAUCUCGGCAGGACGUUGAGUUCUCCUAUUGUUUCUGGCAGUCCUGCAGUUGGUGGUGGAUCAUCUGCCGGCACCGGAUUUACAUCAAUUGGCGAUAUUGAUAGAAGUAGUGGGAUGGGUGGUGAAGAAAGUGUUACUGGUAGUAGCUUCGUUGAAAGUAACGGAAAUUGAUGGAAAAAAAAGUUUUUAAUUGAUCAUUUCAUUUUUAUUUGUUUUCUUGUUUAUUAUUUUUUAUUAAGAUUCACUAAAUUCAGAAGUGCC